AUGCCUCUCGCGCCCGCGAUCGCUCGCGAUUUGCCCUUCCUCGAUGACUUUCGCACCGUCACCUGCGUAACGUGGACGGCGUUGGGGCGCAACCUAGGGAUCGGCACCCCGUCCGGGUUUCUCAUUUUCAGCAUGGAGAGCGCCUUGGAAGGGGUGAUUCGACGGCGAACCCCUUCUUUCCAAGGAGGGCCUUCCACGACCUCUUCUAUCGCGGAGCCCGCCGCGUCUUCGCCGCCCGCGAAGGCGAUGGAGGAGGUGUUUCGUCGGAUCGUCGAAGGCGGGGUGGGGUUGUUGGGGUUACACGGGCAGAGCAGCGUCGUCGCGGUGAGCGGCGUCCGAACGCGGGCGCACGCCGCCACGGUGAGGCUACUCGACGCGAGCCUCCCUUGGCGAGCCCCCCACCCCCGGCGAAUUCGACCAAAAAAAGAAACAAACGAAGACGAAGCAAACGAAGAAACCGAAACAGAAGCGAGUGAAGGCGAUGAGGCAACGGAUAAAGGGCUUGGCGGGGUGGAAAAGGCAAAGCCACGGCUGUGUGGGGUGCUCGCCGAGGCGCGCCUUCCCACGACCGUGGCGGCCCUCCACUACGGCCCGUCAUGCGUCAUUGUCGGGCUCGCCGGGGACCCUCGCGUGGUGGGAUCCCAUCGAUUUUACGUUUUUGAUCGAUAUCUCACACAGAAACACGUCUUGGAGGCGUUCCCUCCCGCGAGCAACGCGUUUUUGCAGGAUGCCGUGGCGAUGGCGAGCCUCUGGGCGCCCGCGGUGGGGGCGGGGAUGUCGAUCAACCGCCUCCGUGUGAUGCUUCCUGGGGAGAAGAAAGGGCAGCUUCGUCUGCUCACGCUGAAAACCGCCACCUACGCGGCCGAUGCGGUGGGGAAAGGUUUCCCCACGACACGUCCGCCUGAUAGGGAAGGGGAGGUGCGUUUUCUUUUGGGGGAUAAACUGCUCCAUCGCUCCCCUCUCCGCGCGGUCGCGAUCACACCGGAUGGACGAUUCGGCGUCACCAUCGGCGAGGCGGGAACGAAACUCCGUCUGCUCGAAUUCCGCGACGACAACCUCAUUGUGGAGCGUCUGACGUUUGAACGAGGGCGAACCGCCGCUCGGGUGGAUUCUGUCUCCCUCCAUCUCAUCCUCUUGCCCGGUGUGGAUCACGAUGAUGAUGAGAAGGGUGAUGAUAACGGCCUCUCCACUCCGCGCGCGCUCGUUGCCUGCAUCACCGACGCCGGGACGCUCCAUUUGUUUCUCUGCGAUCCCCGUCGGCAAGGGGUGGUGCACCACUGUGAGCGCGCGCUCGCCGUCGAAGGGGGGAAAUCCAACCCCAUCCCUUUCGCCUUUUCCGUGCUUUUUCCGCAGCCAACGGCGAUGCGGCAGGGUUGUGGGUUGUUCGUCUUUCAGUGGGAUCACCGAUGGAAGGGGUUGACGCUCACCGCGGCCUACGAGAAUGGCAAAUGCGGUUCCCCCCCUUCUUCUUCCUCCGCCGCAGUAGCGCAGUGGCAAGGGAAGAAAGGGGAAGAAACAAACACCUUGGAAGUGCCUGAGAUGUUUCAACGCCUCUUCGCGCGUCUGGUGGUGUUCGACGUGCACGCGCAAGCCCCUCAAGGGAUGGAAAAGCCACCACAAACCACCCCUUCCGAGCGACCUGACGCCUCCUCGUGCUUGACUUCCCAACUUUUGGCGAAUUUCUACGCCUACUAA